ACGUCAGCAGUCAGGAACUAACCUCCUCCUUCGCAUCACAAGCAACAUAACUUUUAAUACACCCCUCCUACUUUCAGGAAGUUAAGUGACACACGACACUUUGUCAGGUGGCUUUCCGAUGGGUAUUUAUGGAGUUGAACUCUCGCUGCAACAACCUAACAGCUACUUCCUGAGUUUGGACGUCCUGGUGUAGGAAAAUGAAAUGCGAUUAUUAAUGAUUGAGUAACUUUAGAAAAUCACGGAAACCUCCUUAACUGGAACGCUUUUAUUUGGAUUACUCGCAAAGAUAAUUUACUAUUGUUAUUAUUUUUACAUCUACGCACAUAUUAGAUAGUUAAUUUGAACGCAACUAAAAUGGUUGGUUUGUAGGCUAAUCUUGAUGAAUCGAUUUGCUGAUUAGGUAGCAAGGGUAAAGUCCUUUUGGGGAAAAUGCGAUUUAAAAUACACAAGAGGAAUGCGCUUGGCGUUUCGCUUAUCGCAUUCCUCGCACUCACAUUAGUAUACUUAAUACGCAAGAACAAUUCCAAUUUAGAUAAAGUCAUCGUGAAUAAAGACGGUGUGGCUUUACCACAUGCAAGUACGCAGAUCGCGACCAAAAGUAAGUUUCAGUACGACACCGUGUUUAACAUGAAGAGGUCGGUGUACGAUGGCAACUACCGACAGUUCAUUCAGAACGCAGACCAGUUCACAGCGGACUUUCAAUUGGUUUUAGUGGUACAGGUCCACAACAGACCCGCCUACCUGAAAUUGCUACUGGAUUCUCUGUCCAAGGCACCGGACGUCCACGAAUUCCUUUUGAUUUUUAGCCACGAUUAUUUUUCGGAGGAAAUUGAUAGUAUGAUACAAGGGAUACGGUUCUGCAGGGUGUUGCAAAUUUACUUCCCCUACAGCACACAGCUGUAUCCUAACGAGUUUCCCGGGCAGGACCCGCGGGACUGCCCUAGAGACAUUUCCAAGGAAGAGGCCAUAAAAAAGGGGUGCCUGAACGCCGAGUGCCCUGAUUCAUAUGGCCAUUACAGAGAGGCAUCCUUCACGCAGACUAAGCACCACUGGUGGUGGAAGCUACACUUUGUUUGGGAGCGAGUUCGAAUUCUGGAGGGAUACAGCAGCUAUGUUGUUUUCAUGGAGGAGGACAACUACAUUCUACCAGAUUUCUACCACUGUCUGAGAGAAAUGGCUGAGCUGAAAAAGCGCGAGUGUCCUGACUGUGACAUCCUAGUCCUGGGUAACCACGAUACAUCGGUGCGCUUUGAGGAGCUCGGCAAUAAGAUGGAAACGACUGGGUGGCUGUCCACAAAGCACAACAUUGGAAUGAGCUUCACCAAGGAGGUCUACUACAAGCUCAUGGGGUGCAGUAGCGAGUUCUGCUCUUACGACGACUAUAACUGGGACUGGACCCUCCAGCACCUGUCCGGUACGUGCAUCUCCACGCCGCUGAAGGUCCUGGCGUCGCGCGCAUCUCGAGUGCUGCACACCGGGAAUUGCGGACUGCACCAGAAUGGCGCCUGCCGGCCUGAAACGGCGAUGCAGCACGUGGAGGAGAUGCUGCGGGCGGCGAAACCUUCCCUCUUCCCCCAGCGGCUGGUUCUGAGCCGCCAGGAAGCGGCGGAGCACAAGGCGCAUGUUAAAAAUGGCGGCUGGGGGGACACCCGUGACCAUACACUUUGCAAAAACUACGGCAAAGUCCUGUGAAUCUCCUGUCUUCGGAGGACACGUAUUGUUUUCUAUAUCAGGGUUUUCUGAGAUCUUGAUCCUGGCAUCUGGUUAGCUGCCAAAGGGUUCUGACAUUCCGGAAUUGACUAGAACACCUUACCAGGUAACUGGAUUACCUCGAUUAAUAAAACUGGUCUCUCACAGUUCUUCAUACUGCAGUGAUGUUUGAUCUGUCAUCACUUUUUAAAUGAAACAGAAUAAGACGUGGACUGGUUAUUGUUUACAGGUUCGACCAUGGGACUUCCAACAUGUAAUAUGAAGGGCCUGCAAUUGUGGCACAUUUAAUACAGACCUUUUCUAGCUUUAAAAUACUUUCUUGUAGCACACUCAUGCUAUUGAUCACCAAAGAAAUGUCUUGGCUUGCUAUUUCUUCGAUUCUCAACUUUGCACAAGUUUUAUAUGCAUUAUGUGUGUCUGUGAAUUAGGCAGUAAUGCUUCUGAUUGUAAAUCUGAUUUUAGUUGCUGCUGAGCCUGUGGGGUGGUCUGAAUUUUAAGACUUUGGCAUAUGAAAACAUGUCAAAGGUACUGAUGUCAUUAAAUGAACAACCAGAUCGUAAUGGUUUAAAAAAAAUCCACAUUCUGACCAGACCUGUUGAGUUAAUGCAUUCCUGUUCAAGUUGAACUGAAACUGUAGAGUUGCUUUAUGACAAUCAACCUCAGUUCUGGUCCUGGAGAUAAUUGGGGUCUGCUGAUUCUUUCUUCUUAAAUUUCACAACCAGUUCUAACUCAAGAAUCCAGAUGUGUUAAGCCUGUAAUCAACUGCAUACCUGAUCAGUUGCAUGCAUGAACCAGUGAAAAACCAGCACAACCUGUGGCUUUCCGUGACCCAGACUGAUGACCACAUCUUUAUGGGUUCCCAGACUUGCUCGCCUUUUGCGUGAAACAUGUUUUUGGCAUGACUGUUGCAGAAGGACCUCUGCCAAGUCAUGUACAGAUUAGCUGGCUAAAUUGGGUCAGGCAGUGCUUAAAAGACCCAAGACUGACUGGUUAUUUAAAAUCAUGCUUCAUACAUUUUUGUACUUUUGCUUUAAUAGUGCAUAUGAGCGUCUCUAUUUAACGGACAGUAGUCCUCAUACUAAAUAAGGUGCGGGUGUUUUUUUUUUUUUUUAAGCCAUUGCAAAUGGAUAAAUGUAUAAUUAAAAAGAGGACUUAUUAGACUGGGGCUAUACUGUAUGAGAUGGUGUGAAUGCUUGCGUUAUAGUUUGACUUACAAAGUUCCAGUCUGCAUAGUAAGUAGUAAGACAGUUGAAUGAUACCUUGGUGCUGGUAUAAAACACUGUUGGGAUUCACAAAAUGAACCAAAAAGAAUCUGUUGUUAAAUGAAGUAGGCCAUCACGGUUUAUAAUUAAUUCCUUUAUUGCUGCGUACACCCACAGCAAACAAAAAUGUGAAGUAAUUAAUUUGCAAGUUAAAUUGCAUUUGCGUGUGAUUAUUUCAUUCGCCGUAAGCUGUGCUCUUGGUCUGGUCACCCAAGUAUGUUGUUCUGUGCUCUCAAGCCCUUAAUCCAGGACAGAGCUGGUUCAUUUUAUUUGUUUUUAAUUCACAUUUAUUUGUGUGUGAGAUGGAGCUAAAAAUGCACAAUUUCCCCCGGUAUUUAAUUCUAUGAGAUCAUAGGAAAAGCCAAAGAGAAGUUCACAUAAGGCGCUUUCUCCUCCCGGACCGUGCCAAAGUCAUUCUGUUUACACCGACCAUUCUCACAUCUCUUUGACCUUUCAGCUUUUUUUUUUUUUUUUACAGAAACAUAAUGCUCUUCCAUUUAAAAUAUGAGCACUGGGUUUCACUUUAAUUGAAGUUGUCUUUUGUUGUGUAUGUGUGGGACAAACAACUGACUGUGUCAUGUAAUAGGAAAUGUAGUCAGAGUUUUUAAGGGUCUUCUAACAGGAGCACAUGUACCUUAUACGAGAACACACAGAUGUUAUAAAAGUGUUCCAAAGUCAAGACAUGGAAGAACUUUGGAAGAGCAUUGCUUGUUUUGAUAAAAAAAAACCCCAAAAAAACAUAACAGUUGUGUUGUAUAGCAAUCUGCAUAUACCUGCAUAUUGCCAUGUCAUAAUAUGUUUUGUCUAGUGAUUUUUAGCCAUGGAAAUUCUGAUUUCAACAAUGGGGAAAAGACAAUAAAAUGGACUGUGGAAAUAUAAA